UGGCUUUUUUUUUCUUUGACAAAAGAAAUGAAGGUGCAUUAGUAAAAAAGGGGUGGUAAUAGAAAUUCCUUAUAUGGAUCUGGAAGAGGCAAAGGAAACACGAUGAUGAGUAGCGAGUUGUAGUGAGAUUCAGAAUCAGAGUUCAAAAAACAAUUUGAUUCAAUUUCUUCUUCCAUUUUCUUCAUAGUUUCGGAGAGAGUGAAAAUGGUGAGGGAAGUUUCAGAGAGUUGCGUUGAUAGCUUGAUGACGGAGAUGGUUGCUUGUUAUUGCAAUCGAUUCUAUGCCAAUAAACCUGAACUUGCUGCUCGCAGGAUCGAAGCCAUUGGUUAUCAGGUCGGUCAACAGCUCUCUGAAAGAUAUACAAUGGAGCGGCCGCGGUUUGGUGAUCAUUUGGAGGCAAUCAAGUUCAUUUGCAAGGAUUUUUGGUCUGAGGUGUUUAAGAAGCAGAUAGACAACUUGAAAACUAACCAUAGGGGUACAUUUGUGUUGCAAGAUAAUAAAUUUCCGUGGCUUGCACGAAUGUCGGUUGAUCCAUCCACUGAUAAUGUUAGUUCAGUUGAGGAUUAUUCUGCACCUACGGCUGAAAGUAAGGCAGCACAGGCGAUGAGCAUGCAUCUUUAUUUCCCAUGCGGGAUCAUUAGAGGAGCUCUUUCCAACUUGGGAAUUCCCUGUGCAGUGUCUGCAGACAUAUCGAGCCUUCCAGCAUGUUCAUUUGUUGUCCGUAUUAAAGCUUGAUAAGUUCAUUUGUAUUACUGAUGUGAGGGGAAUCAUCAACAUUGUUCUCAACGAUCAUUUGAUGUCUGGGACUGUGCUCUUUUGUCCCAAAUUUGCUGGAGUGGGGAAUGUUUGUUUAUCAUAUUUUAAACUAUCAAAUACUAUUGACUUGGUUGUAUAGAAAGAGGUCCAAAUGAAGUGUUUUGAUAAAUUAGGACUUGGUUCUUUUGGCUGCAGAUUUCAUGGAGAUUACGAUAAUUGGUCUGUUGCUCACAUACUAUGGUGCACUGUUGAAAGACAAUGGGAAUUUCAGUCAUUGUAAUGUUAUAUCCCUCUUGUAUGGAACGAAUGCUGCAAUUUGAAAACUUUUUGUUACUUGUUUCUUUAUA